CGGACGGCACGACAACACGUGUGGGCUUUUCGUGUCGUCCACCGGAUAAAUUGGCAAAUUUGCCGUUAGUACUAUUAGCAUACCGAUGAAAUCCGCGGUGGCGCGGGAAUAGGAUAUAUAUCGCCUACUUAGAGUCAAGCAUAGUCACUUCUAAAUUGAUUCGCGACCUUGGAAGAACGAGGAGAGAAGAUAACCAAGUUAUUUGCGCUCGCCCAAACAAAUCCGACAGCAUGGCAAACGCAGAAGACCAAUACAAACUCUCGCAAGAGCAAACAGACCACUUUCUCGAACAUGGUUGGAUCAAAUUAUCAAAUUGCUUCACGCGCGAACAAGCCGACGGUCUCAAAUCGACACUAUGGACACGUUUAGGCAUGGAUCCGAACGAUAUCUCAACAUGGCAUACUGAACGCACCAACAUGCCUUUCUUUAAUGAAUUCGUUGUCUCUGAAUUCGCACCCAAAGCUUGGGGAGGCAUAUGCUCGCUACUCGGAGGCUCGUCACACGUCGACUCCAAUGCCUCCACCUGGAAAGACGGGUUUAUUGUCAAUCUUGGUACACCUGCUGGCCACAACACCGUAAUCAAGCCGCAAGAGCUGCCUGGUUGGCACGUCGACGGCGACUUCUUCGUACACUACCUCGACUCACCCGAGCAAGCGCUACUUGUUAUCCCACUGUGGUCUGAUAUCCUAGAAGGGGGAGGAGGAACGUUUAUAUGCCCUAGAGCGAUCGACACUGUGGCCAAGCAUUUGUACGAGCAUCCCGAAGGUGUAUCACCACGUAUGACGCCGCGGGCGAUGAAUCCGCAGUUUAAGCAGGAACACGGGCUGAAGUGGUUCAACGACCUUGCAGCGUCAAUGCCAGACGAAGCUUUUGUAGAAGCCACAGGCGUUGUUGGAGACGUAUAUCUUCUGCAUCCACUGAUGUUGCACUCGGCAAGUAACAAUCAAUUACGAAAGGUCAGGGUGAUUACGAAUCCGCCGGUGAGUGUGAAGGAGCCAUUUGUCUUUGAUCGAGGAUACGGCAAUUACAGCGUCGUUGAGCAAAAGACAAUGAAGGCACUUGGCAAAAAUAGGCUCGAAGGGUGGAAGAUCCAAGCUGAGAGACAAAGGAUUGUGCCAGAGAGGGUGAGAAUCCAGGAGGAGAUGAAGCGGAAAGAAGAAGAACGGCUGAGAAGAUUGAGGGAGGUAGAGACUGUGGCCUGAAGCCUAGAGGUUUUUGCGGUACGAUCAAUCUGCUGUUCGGGGUUACAUGAAAUUGCUUGGCUGGACGAGACUAUGAUGGAUGAAACUAGAGAGAGUGCGCUGAGAGCUUGUUCACUAUCGACGAACUCUUUCAUAGAAAAUUAACUUUGACUCGGCCG